UUUACUUCAUGACGCCUUUUUACUAGAUCUACAUUGACUUAGAAAAUUGGGUCAUGUUGAAUUCAAGAUGGCGGCGCCCAGUGGAAGUAGCGUGGAAGACGUACUGAAUAGAGUUUCUGCCCAAACGAAGCGUCUGGAUAGUUUUCUCAGCAUUCAGAAUGAAGUUGCUGAUGAAUUGCGCUCUUCCACCAAAUUAUUAUAUGACUACUCUAAAUCUAUUGAGACUUGUAAAACCGGUAGUGAAUCACUUCCAGAACUGAUUAUUGACAAUUUUGAUGAUGAACAAGUUUGGCAGGAAUUGGAACUUCACAAUGAUUCAGCAGUCUCAGAUUUAUUGUCAUGUGUUGCCAAGUCAUUGGCCAGUAAAAGCAACUUAUCAUUUGCCAUUCAUAAAAAUGAAGAAACAAGUAAUAAACGCAACAUUGGGAAACCACCCUAUCAAAACAGAAUUAAGAAAAGCUUUCCUAUUGAUGAAGAAGUUUCUUCUGAAGAAAAUGAUGGGGACAUUGAACUUGAUCAGUUUCAAUCACAAUCACACAGUGAUGACAGUGAUGCAGACUUGAAGCAUGUUUUAGAAAAAGCUGGUGCUAAUGUAUACAGUAGAGAUGAUAGUGAAAGUGAAGGUGAUGUUAUGGAAUAUGAACAUGAAGAAGAUGGUGAGCAAGAAGAAAGACAAGAAGAUACGGACUCUGAUCCAGAAAUAACCUUCCGUACACAGCCAAAAUUAAAGAAAAGACAGCAACGUAAUGACAUUGGAAAAGCUAAAAGAAUCAGGAAAUCUGUAGUUGAUGAUAAAUUCUUUAAACUGUCUGAGAUGGAAGUAUUUUUGGAGCAAGAAGAUGCCAGGGAAGAGAGAAAGAGAAGACAGGAAUCUGGACAGGGGGACCAACAGGAGGAGGAGGAAAAGGAGGAUGACAUAGAUUUAUUUGAAAACAUUGAAUCUGAUGGAGAGGCGAGCGAAGGGGAUAUUAUGUAUGCUGAUUUCUUUGAUCAACCAUCUAGCCAGGUGUCUAAUAAACAGAACAUCAGCAUUGAGGAGGAGGAUCAGAUAGAGGAAGAAGAAGAGGAUGUUGAUAGUGGAGAUUUAGACCAGGAUGAUGAAAAUGUUGAAGGCACUGAUGAAGAGAGAGAAAUCCAAACAAGGGUUCAAUCAGGCAGAGAUUUGUUUGCUGCUAGUGAUAGUAGUGAAGGUGAAGAUAUUGGUGAUAUAUUUGGAGGAAAGAAAAUACAUGAAAAAUCUUCCUUUGAGAAGAGGCAAGAAAAGUUGAAGGAAAGAAUUUCUGAGUUAGAAGAAACUGCUCUGGCACAGAAACCUUGGCAGUUGACUGGAGAAACCACAGCAACUGCCAGACCAGAAAACAGCUUGUUACAGGAAGAUCUGGAGUUUGAACACACUACUAGGCUAGCUCCAGUCAUAACGGAGGAAAAAACAGCCAGUUUAGAAAGUGUCAUUAAACAAAGGAUAAAAGAUCAGGCCUUUGAUGAUGUGGAGAGGAAAAUCAAGCCUACAGAGGAUGCAUUCCAGUAUAAAAAGAGGAUAACACUUGAUCAGGAAAAGAGUAAACAGAGUUUAGGAGAAAUAUAUGAGCAGGAGUACUUAAAGCAAGUACAGGAGACAGAAGAAGAUAAAACAGACCCUCAGCAUGAAGACAUUAAAAAAAUGAUGCAAUCCUUAUUUAUCAAGUUAGAUGCUCUUUCUAACUUUCAUUAUACACCCAAACCGGCUGUCCCUGAAGUCAAGAUUGUCAGUAAUAUGCCAUCUAUAGUAAUGGAGGAAGUGGCCCCACUUAGUGCCAGCAGUGCUGCAUUGUUGGCUCCAGAAGAGAUACAGGAGAAACCCAAGGGGGAUGUAAAAGGGAAAUCGGAAGCAACAGACACUGAUAGAAAGCAUGAAAGGAGAUUAAAAAAGAAAGUUAAACGGUUGAAAGAGAAGGAAAAAAAGAAGAGACAAAAACUUAUAGAGAAGUUAAAACCAGGCUUAAGCAACAAGCACAGUAAAAAGAAAGCACUGAAAGAGUUGGAAAAACAAGAAAAGAGCUCCAAAAACCUAACAGUUAUACAGGAGGAUAAAUCAAGAAAGGCUGGACUGACAUCAUCUAAGGCCUUCUUCACACAACUCCAGGAAGAAGCUAAGACCCAAAUACGCAUCCACAAGACUUCUAGGAAUGAGAUGAUAAAAGCAAAAGCAAAUACUGCAGCUAAACUUAUACUCUAAAUCAAUAUUCAGCUCAGAGCACAUUCUGUAACAUUAUUUUGAUUUUACAGAUUGGGAGGGGAGUGAAUUAGAGUAGAGCUAGUGACAAAAUUUAGGAUGUAUAAAGUUAUUGUGUUGUGAUUCAUUUGCAACUUUUCUAUGACAUUUCUAUGCCAAAAUAAAAUAAGCGUAGAAAAAAUAUGUUCUGCUAUUGUUUUAAUAUAAAUGGCAUGUUUCCAAUGUAGCAACCAACAAACAAAAUUAUUACUAUUAUGAUAGAAACCGUUUUACAAUGUUCUAGCAAAAAGUUAAAUUGAUAUGUUCAAGUAAACAUUCUGGAAAGUGGUAAUUCU